UAACUAGCUAAGCUCGGAAGCAGAGCAAUGGAAGCCUGUUUCCCCUUCUUGGGUGUGCGAAAAAGGAGAGUACCACCGCCGCCGGUGGAAGGCGAUCCGCACCAUCGCAACAUCGCUGCUGCCGCUCGAACUUUCUCGUUCGAGGAGCUCGUGGAGGCGACCAGGAAUUUCAGGGACGAGUACCUCGUCGCUGGUAGAGAGCCGCGCGUGUACAGAGGACGCCUGAAGAGCGUCAACCAGCUCGUUGCCAUGAAGCUGCAGCAUCUUGUCGAUCGUAAUAAUGUAUCAACGGAGCAACGCAACAGCGAGUUUCUUGCUCGCGUGCUGAUGCUCAACGCGCUGCGUCACCCCAAUCUUGUCAACCUUAUUGGCUUCUGCGCUGACGGCAAUCAUCGGAUUUUGGUUCAUGAGUAUCUGCCACUGGGUUCUCUGGAAGAUCACCUCCACGAUCCAUCUCCAGACAAAGGACGGCUAGACUGGAGCACGAGGAUGAACAUAGCUGCCGAUGUGGCCAGAGGAUUGGAGUAUCUACACGGAAAAGGCGUGGUGUACCGUUACCUGCGAAGUUCAGACGUCCUGCUCGGAGUCGGAGACGGGCACCACUACCCAAAGCUGUCUCAGUAUGAACUGGCAAAGGACGGCCAGCUUCUUGAUGGCAUUCGUGAAGCCCGGGAUUUCCCCUGUACAAUUGCCCCCGAGACCGCCAUGUGCGGGAAGGUAUACAGGUCGUCGGACGUGUAUAGCUUCGGCGUCGUGCUGCUGGAGAUGAUCACAGGGCGCAGGCCCUUCAGCCCGCAGGCCGCCGAGGAAGACCGGGACCUUGUCAAAUGGGUACUUGCUCACAAAAUUGCCGCUUCUUGUCAAUUUGGACAUGACUGUUGUGAUGUUUUGGUGUUGGAUCAGGCUCGGACAUUGUUGGAAGACAGGGUGGAGUUCCGCCGGAUGGCAGACCCGGCGCUGCAGGGCCGGUAUCCGUCCCUGGGUUUGAAGGAGGCACUCACAGUUGCUUCCAUGUGCAUUCACCAAGACCCGGCCAUGAGAUCACCAAUCGGUGCCGUUGUUACGGAUCUUGCUCGCCUCGCCUAUGAUCGAUCAAGCUGAAGAAACGAUCUGAUGUCAUCAUGGUUGCAUCGACCAUGAUUUAAGCUUAUUGCUUGCUUGCUGUGAGUGGCAACAAAAUGCUGUUUGUUGGGGGGAAUAACAAGUACCUGCAUGAUUUAGGCUGUUCGGCACAAUCCCUGUGUAACGUGGAGACUAGAGAGGUUAAUUGGCCGGUAGUAAUGGAUUUAGAAAUUGGGGUUGAUGAGGAUUGGACGGCAUGGGCAAGAAUGAGGAAGUUU